CUCCUCCCCUUGUGUUAGGCUGAACAAAAUAACACUAGAAAAUACAGCUCUUGGAAUCAAUGGAUGGACCAUGUAUCUAACGGUCCAGCUGCAAGAGCUGCGCACAUGUAUUCAGCGGUCGUGUAUAAAUACGAGGCAACAACGAUUGACCAACCUGCCUCAUCGACCACUCACUCAGCUACUGAUCAGUCGACCUCUCUCUUGAGCUCCUGCGCCAUAGUCAUCAUCGCCAUGGCUAAGGAAGAAGAGCUCAAGAGAGUUGAUCUGAAGGUGAACGUGAGCUGCUGCGACGGGUGCCGGAGGAAGGUGAUGAAGGCCAUGAGCCUCAAGGGCGUGCUGAGGACGGAGAUCCACCCGUCGCUCGACAGGGUGACUGUUGUCGGCAACGUCGACACCAAGGUGCUGGUGAAGAAGCUCGCCAAGGUCGGCAAGAUCGCAGAGGUGCUGGUGGCGGCGGCGUCGGGGGCGGAGGAGAAGCAGAAAAGGCGCGAGGGCGAUGGUGGGAAGGACCGUGCAGGCGACGGCGGUGACAGCAGGAUGGCGCCGGCAGGCGAGAAGAGCAAGCGCAAGGAAGAGGCCAAGGACAAGACGGGCGAGAAGGCUGCGGCGGCGUCAGACAAGAACAAAGACUGCCACAAGUGCGCCGCGCACCAGCAGUCCGCGCGCGGCGAUGACGCCGCCGAUCACGGAAAGGCGCCGUCGUCCAAGGCCGCCGCCCGCGACGACGAGAGCGCCUUCGAGCAAGAAGGCGACCGUUUUAGCGGCGCCAAGCCCUCCUCUCCCGACCACGCGGCGGCGACCCACCAGCACUACUACCGCGCCGAGCCGCCCACCAUGGCCGUGCCCAUGCACAUGCCGUACUACGCGCCCGCGAACAUGACGGCGCCCUCCUACUACGCGCCGGUAAACGCUCCGGCGCCGCCCUACUACGCUCCAGCGAACGUGGCGGCGCCGUCCUACUACGGCGGCGGCUACUACGCGAUGCCGCCGCCGGUUCCACCGAUGCCGAUGCCGAUGCCCCAGCAACAGAUGCUGAUGCGGCCGCAGCCGUCCCGGUUCGACGUGGAUUACUUCAACGAGGAAAACACCGUGGGCUGCCGCGUGAUGUGAAGCUAGAUCGAUCGAUCCAGCCUGCAUCCCAUGGACAAGGCGCAAUCCGUUGCUCGCGCGCGGCCGUUCCCGCCAAUUUUCCUGUUCAUGUAUCGAUCGAUCGAUUGAUCGUCAAGAAUUAAUUCAUUGUUCUUUUGACCCCUGCUUCGAGCAGUUCACAUCAUCUGUAAUGCAUUUGCCGCGACAUUUCGAAAUAUGGGAAAACGAUC